GUGAGAGGCGCGGGCGUCGAAAGACUAGCCAUCCAUACUGAAAAUUAUACGCAAAGUCAAAAGUCAACGCAAAAUAAACUCUGUGUCGCCGCAUAUAAAACCUCAUUCGUAUAAACUUUAUAGUGGUUGAGAAAUAGUGACCCCAGUGUAGUGUAACAAUGAAUGAAGAUAACUCUGUUAGUGAUGACUUAAAACGCCAGGCGGCUAUGUUUUAUAAUUCAACGGAAAGAGAACGAAUACAAGAACCCAGAAAACACAAGACAUCAUGGCGGUUUUGGGAGCAACGGAGAUUGGUGGUCGCUCUGCUGGCUUUCUUCGGCUUCUUCAACGUAUACGCCCUGAGAGUAAACUUAUCCGUCGCCGUGGUCGCGAUGACAGAACCCAUGGAAGUCGCACUGGAAAAUGGAACCGUUGUUUAUGUUCCUGAAUUCGACUGGUCGUAUCAAACAAAGGGGCUCGUGUUGAGUUCAUUCUUCUACGGGUACAUCAUCACUCAGCUACCCGGCGGCUGGCUGGCUGCUAAAAUAGGAGGUAACAGGAUGUUCGCGAUAGGAGUCGGCGCUACAUCCCUUUUGACGCUCUUCACUCCACCACUGGCGCACACCAGCACCGCGUUACUGAUCGCAGUGCGUGUUAUGGAAGGCUUGUUUGAGGGCGUGACGUACCCGUGCAUCCACGCAGUGUGGUCCCGCUGGGCUCCGAGCGAGGAGCGCGCUCGGCUCGCGACGUUCGCGUUCAGCGGCAGUUACGUCGGCACCGUAGUUGCAAUGCCCAUAAGUUCCAUGUUAACGCAUUACACCGGCUGGCCGGGUAUUUUUUAUGUAUUCGGUAUAUUGGGUUUGGUGUGGACGACGAUCUGGUGGCUCGUUGUCAAGGAAUCUCCGGAAAAAGAUCCUCACAUAACAGCCUCUGAAUUGAAAUAUAUACAGGAGUCUCGGGGAGCUCUAGCAGUGGAGGGGACACAAAUUCGACACCCAUGGAAAGCGAUGUUGACUUCUGGGCCUGUCUGGGCUAUAGUUAUGGCCCACUUUAGCGAGAAUUGGGGCUUUUAUACGCUACUCACAUUCCUCCCUACAUUUAUGCAAGAUGUAUUUAAGUUCCAAACGUCACAAACCGGUUGGCUAUCGGCUGUUCCGUACUUAGCAAUGGCGGUGGUACUGCAAGUGGCUGGUCACAUGGCGGAUUGGUUGCUGAAAAUGGACAUUUUGUCGAGAACCAACAUCAGGAAAUUGUUCAACUGCGGUGCCUUUCUAGCUCAGACGAUAUUCAUGGUAGCGGCUGCGUAUGCUCCCUCAGUGUCAGGCUGCGUCGUGUGCCUCACAAUUGCCGUCGGACUCGGAGGCUUCGCUUGGUCUGGUUUCAGUGUUAACCACCUGGACAUCGCCCCCCCACACGCUAGUGUAUUGAUGGGUCUUUCAAAUACUAUCGCCACGCUACCUGGCAUAAUCAGCCCACCAUUAGCCGGUUCCAUAGUAACGGAUAGGACGGCCGAACAAUGGCGAAUCGUAUUCUUCAUAUCCAGCGCAAUAUAUCUGCUGGGUGCAAUUAUAUACGGCGUGUUUUGCUCCGGCAACAAACAGCCGUGGGUUGUCGAAGUUGACAGCGACGCAAGCUUCGAUACAGAUGGCGCCUCCGUCACAACAGCAAGAGGCUACGAUAAUAAAGCCAUGGAUAGAAGUUCCGAAAUGUAGAAUAUAAUUUUGUGUGAUGAAAUUUUAACGUAAUGAUUUGUGGAUCUUUUUUAUAGCAUAAAUUGUAUUUAGUGUUUACUGUAAGUUGUUGUGCUCAAAUGUAAAGAAUCUAGAAAUAUUUCACUAGCACGUGAGAUAAGCGAAUAAUAGAAGUCUGGAAAGAAUUUUAAUUUAAGAGCGUUUUUUUUUUAUUUCUGACUCAAAAUGUAUGACAAAUAUUAAAGAUGGACUAUGAUCCUCAAAAGCUCGAAAUAAAACAUGAGUUGAAUUAUUUAAAUGCAAGAAUAAAUGUAUUCCUAGCGUCAUUAAUGACGCAAACUUUUAUGAAGAUUCUUUGCAAUGUAAACGUCAAUGUUAAUCUGAUAUAUUAUUAUUUUUUGUAUAGUGAAUUUUUUGAAUAAUAAUUUUAUAAUUAUGACACAUAACAGCACAAACAUUUUAAAUAUCUGAUGACGGAAUUCGGCGUAUGUGUGAAUGCGAUAGCAAUAUGUUUGUAUAGUACGCAAAUGACAGAGAUAAAUAGCAAAUGACAGCUAAACGUGCGAAAUUCUUCUCGAUCGGAAUAUAUUCAAUGAACCUCAAGUCUUGAUUUAAUAUGAUUAACUUGUAAUCUAGAUUUGUCAAUUGAUCUAUUUGUCUACAUACCUUAUUCCAAGGAGUAUGGAAUUGAAAUAAUAUUAUGAACAUAAUUAUUUAUUAUUGGUCUGGUGCUAAAAGGGCCAAAGUACAUUAUUGAGUAAAAUAUAAACCACUGUAUGACAUUUGCCAAAUAAUUUUAAAAAUAGUAAAUUUCUUUGUACUAAAACGGCACUUCACGUUAACAAAAUUACUAAUACCAAAAAUAUUACGCAGAAAGAUGUUCAAUGAAACAAAAGGCAACUAUUAUUUUUUUAUUACCAAUAUUAAGUGUAAUUGGUAUUAGCCAUUUUAGCACGAGACCACAGGUAAUAUGUAAAAUUAUAUAGUUUGAUUUAAAAUUUGUUUUUUGUGAUAUUUUAGCCGUCCUUUACUUUAAUAUUUACGACAUAUUUAUUGUAUUGGUAUCAUAUAUCAUAUUGGUAUAUAUUUUAUCUUGCUAUGCUUAAGUAAAAGUGAAUUAUAGGUGAUAUUUAUUAUUUGUAACAUUUAUUUUAUUGUGAAAUUAAAUUUAAAAUAUUAUAAAGGAAUUAUUGUAAAUUUAUUAUAUAUUAUAAGGCAUAUAGCAAAGAGUUUUGUAUAAUUGAAAUUAAUCACUGGAUACAUCAAUUCUAUUCGUAAAAUAUGUUUGCUUUACAUAACCCGCUUAUAGAGAAACGGUAUAUAACUAUAGUCUAUUCCAACCACAAGAGGACAAAAGCCAAAUAAACAAUAUUUGACAUCGAAUCAACGCGAUAUCAUUGGUUCUGAAGAGCUCGAAUAAUCUGUGUUAUUCAUUUUUGAUUUGCGAUAAAUUAACCAACAGUUAUUAGCGCACAAUAUAAGGUUUGCUUGACUUUAUUCCUUCUUCGAUUGCAAUGGACUAUAUAUAUAUAUAUAUAUAUCAAAGAUUAUUUUGGAUCUUAUACAAUGUCAUGUCAAGGUCAACUCGAUACUUGAUGACCAAGGAUCGCGUAAUGUACGAAGUAACAGUAAUUGUCAACCAAUGAGUCUUUAAUAUAUGAAUAUUUUAUUUAUUAUUAUAAAUUAAACGCAAGUAAAACCGCGAGGCAUGUCUAUUUAUAAAGGUGCUUGUUAUAAUCAACGGCAUUUGAAGUACUUAACAUAGAAAUCGUCCAAGCCCGAUGGGUAAUUAUUUAUAAGUGAAAUUUUGCUAAUAUAAUAUUACAUAAAAAUGGAUUAUUUAUACAGUUAAAUCAAUUAUUUAUACGCAAUUCUGUAAAUUUAUGUAUGAUUCAUAAUGUUAUCGAUAAAUAAAAACUCUAUUUCUUGUCUAUGUAAACGCUUAUUGUAUUUAGUGAGUAUUUAUGUGUGCUGUAAUUUUUAUCAACUGUGAUUAUUAAAUAAAUAUAUUUGAA